GCAGCGACGCGGCAGCUCUGGGCCCGGGCCUACCCAGCGCGGCGGCGGCGUGAGGCGCAGCCAUGGAAGCCAAACCCAUCGUGACGUCGAGGCAGAGGACGGUGGCAGUGCAGGGCGUGCCAACGGAGGUGGUGUGCAUGGCCUUCUCCAACUCCAUCCUGGUGGUGGUCACGCAGUACGGGAAGAUGGGGACGCUGGUCUACGUGGACCCCGACGUCAUCAACAAUGACGUCGGCCGGCCUGUCCUCACCACAAAAGUGCUGCUGGGGCAGGAUGAGCCCCUCAUCCAUGUGUGUGCCAAAAACCUGGUAUCGUUUGUGUCUGAGGAAGCUGGGAACAAACCUGUUCUUCUGGCUAUCGCCUUAAAGGACAAGACCAUGGAAGGCAUAAAAGCUCUGCAGGAAGCGAUCCAAAGUUGCCAAGUGUGGUGAGGCUGCACCAUGCAAUUGAAAGGAAGAGCUCUUGAGUCAGGAUACCAUUUACUUUAAAGGACAGAAUAUUGGAAAUUAUGGGAUGUCUUUAUCACAGCUUUGGACCAUGUUAAGGAAUUUUGUGAAAUGCUGUAUACCAUGUAGAAUGCUUUGAGGUUGUGAUGGUGUCGGUGGCAGUGACGUGGAUUUGGAGUCCAUGCAGUAAGUAAUGAAUUUGGAAUGGUAUUCUCAACACUCAAGGAAUUUUUAUUUUUCCUCACACUGGGGGGAGGGCUGCAUUUUUUUGGAGAACUGCAUGUGGCUUUGUAUCCUCAUCUUGAGAAGUAAAGCCCCGUGACAACGAAACACUGUGCUGUAGCGUGAAGUCUGAUGCAGAAUGAAUAAAGAAACAUCAAUGAAAGCAUCAUUUUACCCGCUUCUCCCCCAUGACAACCAGAUGAUAUGAAACAUUUUGGACCUGAAUCAAGUUAAUAGGAAUUGCAAACAGUACAAAGUAGGAGGAAAUGUUGACUUGACUUCAGGGUCCAGUGGAAACCAUAGCAAAUCUUUAUUGUGCAUAGUUGCACACAUCGGGCACUCCAGCUUCUGUCAUCAGGAGAAACCAUUAACUUGAAAGUUACAAAUAUCCGUGCAAGCUGUAGUUACAAGUAGCAUCUAAUAUUGUUGUCAUUGAAAGAAAUGAUUAAAUUAAAAUAUUUUUCUCUA